CCUCAUGGAGAGGAGAUGGAUGGAGAAACCAAAGGAAGAAGAGGGAAUGUUGAUUGUAUGUUAGUGGUGCUCUGCCUGUGCUGCCGUCCGAGGCAAGGGCAAAGGAACUAUAAGGUUGGUUUGGAAGUUGUGAUUGUUAAAUAGAUGUAUUGUUGAGAAUGCAUGUAGUGAUGGCAACCAAACCCGAAUCCACGGGUAUCCACCCGACCCAACCCGGUCAAUGCGGGUAAAAUCCGUGUUGACGGGUUUUGGGUCGGGUUUGGGUUUAAACCCAUUCACUAUUCACCGGGUUGGGUUGAGUUUUGGUAAACUCGACCCGUGGGUACCCGCCCACACAUAUAAUUAAUUUUCUCGGUAUAUUUAAUAUUUUAAACAACUAAUCUUAUUUAUGUUUGUGGAGACAUGUCUAAUUUUUUCUUUCUAAUUGUGUAGAAUGAAAAGGGAAGACCCAGUUCAUCCUCAUUCGACCAUUCUGACGGCCAUUAGACGUUUGAUUUCCCAGAAUUGGGUGGUGCAGUUAGUUCACACGUAUAGAGAGGGGAAUAGAGUCGCGGACUGGCUCUCGAAGCACAGUCUCCUCUAUCCCUUCGGUACGUGCGAGUUAACGAAUCCCCCACGAGAGCUGGAACAUAUUUUGCGAGAGGACAUUAUUGGGGUUAGCUUUCCCCGAAGGGUUAUACAGAAUACUGAGUAGCUGGUUUUCUUGGUUGUAGUUUGCAGCCGGGUAGAUGGCUCGGGAUCUUUCGGUUUGUUUAUUAGAUUGUCCCUUUUUGUGGGUUCCCUUCCCCCAGUCUACUGAUGUCUAUCAUGGACUUUUUUGUUGGGGAUUGACUUUGUAAUUGGUCUCUGGCUUCUGCCUCCCUCUCUUCAAAAAAAAAAAAAAAAAAAAAUUGUGUAGAAUGAAGUUUGUGUUAUCGAGUGGAGAGUGAAGAAACUUAAUUGAAAGGAAGAAGCCUUCAAUUAAUCAUGUUAUUUAUGGAUAAUUUAUAAUUUACUUCAAUUUUCUUGAGUUUUCUAGAUUGGUGUUGAACAAUUUGUAUAGUUAAUUUGUGAUUUGCUUGAAUUUUCUAGAAUGAUGUUUUAAAUAUGGAUAAUUUGUAUUGAGAGAUUGAUAUUUGACUUUAAUUUUGAUAGGAACUUGUUAUUGUAAAUUGUUUACAAAAAAACCCGUGGGUACUCAUGAACCCGCGGAUACCCAGCGGGUUGGGUUGGGUUUGAGUUUUUCAAACCCAGUGGGUUUUACCCCGGGUUUUUUUUUCACGGAUAAACCCAUGGGUUUGGGUUUGGCAAAACCCGACCCAACCCGACCCAUUGCCAUCCCUAAAUGCAUGUAUAAUAUUAUACAUGUAUUGUUGAAUUUGAUGCAUUGUAGAAAUACGUUUGGUAUGUGUGAUUGUGUAUGUCGCAUCAGCUAAAAGCUGAGACAAAACAAUCUCAACUCAACUAUCUCAACAAUCACAACUAAAAGUUGAGAUAUAAGUAACAAUCACACAAAAUGAGUGAUAGUUUCUGUCACAUCAUAGAAACAAUCUACGUAUUGUUUCUGCUAAAAAAACAAAAAACAAAAAAACGAUGCAUUGUAAACAAUACAUACAUAAUGACAAUCUCAACAAAACAAUCGCAACUUCCAAACGACCCAUAUAACAUUCGUAACCAAAGUUAUUGAGAUUAAUUGUUUUUCGAUACUGUAUUGAACUUUUCGAUACUUGGGAAGUAUUGUACGAUUCUCUUUUAUGAAGCAUAUAAUACUUCGACAUGUACAAACUUCGAAUUCAUGUGAGUUAGUUUUGAUGCGAGAAUGCGUGUUAAUAUAUUGCGUCUCUUGAUCCCCAUACACCAUUAGGUGUUUAUGAGAAAUCAUUUGCGUACAAACGGUUGGAAUGAAGGCGAUGGCCAAGCUUUUGGACAUUAGUUGUUGGACUAAUGACAACCUUUCAACUUCUCAUUUUGUUCCUUUGGACGAAAAUGAUGGGAAGUUGGGACAAAGACGAAAUUUGGAUCCUAGUGCAAUGUUGAUUUGGCCAGCAGAAAUGACAUUCUACCAUUCUGGUGAUUAUUAUAGAUGGGUGUAUUUUAGUAUGAUUUUUUCCCUCCAAAGUCUGUGUUGAAAAGGUAGUAAGGAAGAAAGAAAAGAACAGGAGUCGAUCAAUAGUCGAAUUCCCAAUUAGAGGGUUUUUUGUGACAUACGAUGGGCAGUUGUAUUGAGUUGGCGAGAAAUAAAACAGUAAGAAACUUUGCUAAACGAGGAAGCUAAACUUCGAGCGUCUUUCAAUAUAGCUUCUCCCCGAUCAUGAUGCAUAUCACCUCCAACCAUCCCGUCGGAUCAAGAGUUAAGAGUCCCCAUAAAAUUUAACAGCAAGAAAGGAAUGGGUUAGACACCACUAUAAGGCUUCACGUAAAGCUAAACAUUCCAUGAUAAACGGGUCCUGGAUCCACCAUAAUAUUUUCCAAAAGCAAAUAGAACAUUACCUAUCACUUGGAAGCCUACGAAGCCAAUACUUCCUCCUUGACCACACUUGACCGCACCAUCAAACCAUACAUUGAUUAUGCCCGAGGGAGAAAUUUUCAGUUUAUAUUUUCCCAAGUGAAAAAACUAUAUAAAAAUAUGUUUGAUUUUGUUACGGUAACACAAUAGAAUUAGCAAGAAUUAGAUAUUAGUGAAGUCUUUUUAAGUACUUUUGUUUUCAAACAUUGUUUUCGGUGGGGUAGUAGGAGCAGUUGUGAUGGAUAAUUUCCUCUAAAUUUUUACACAAGGCAUUCCCAAAAUCUCAUAUUAAUAUAAUUUUAAAGUUUUGUACUUUGUCAAUUUUCUGCGACACUAUUUUCUCCAAUGCUUUUUCAUACUUGUAUCUCGUCAACAUUGAUUUGUAUUGACUGAAAAUUGUUGAGAUUUCUAUUAGUCACAUAAAUAUAUAUUAUAAAAAAAAUAAUGUUGAUUAGAAAAGGCUAAAAUUGGUAAUCCAUCACUAAAUAAGUAGCUAACGGACUUUAUAUUAUUGAUUUUUAAUUUUCCUGGAUUUUAUAGCAUUGUAAACAAAAUAAUUUUAAUUAUUUAUUUCAGAGUUAGUGUGGUUUAUGUUCUAUCUCUAUUCUAUUUUCACAAGCCCAAUAAAAACGAAAACAGCAUGACAACAAUAUAAAACGGCGCUAAGCUCGUUGGAUUAAGGCCUACCGUAAGUCGGAUAGGGCCGGCUGGCCGAGAGGAAACCAUUCUUGGGCUUGGGCUUGGGCUUGCUGGCUGAUAGACUACUGUCGCGAAAACUGGGUAUGAAAAUCCAUUUUAUCUGGUUUUGGGUAGAUUUUCAGGAUCACAUGUAAACGCCACGUGUCGAAUGGGUGGCCUUACACUGAAUUUUCCCUCCCGCUUUUCCUAUCAUCCAAAACGAACUCAAUACUCUGUUCCACUUCCUCCUUUCCCUUUCCCUCUCAUUGAACCCAGGUUGCAGCAGGCUGCUAUAAACCCCACUCAGUUUCUCAUCGUCUUCUCCUUUGCCAAUCUCCCUCCUAGACCCUACCACCUUGACUUUUGUCCUUCUAUCUAUCUUCCUUCCACCGUUGAGCUUUCUAUCUUCUGGCCAUGGCGGUGGCAGAGCUUACCUCCCGUGCUGCUGCUGCUUCAUUUGCCCGCAACAACGCCAACAGUCUCCACGCUUCACAAAUUUACGUCCCUUCUUCCUCGUCUCUUUCCUCCGACCAUUUCCGAGCCAGAUAUCGAUCCACAGUCCUCCCCAAAAUCACCUGCUCUGUAAAUCAAGUUCAAAAUUCGGCUCCGAUUCAGGUAGAAAUACCAAAGGACAAAGCUGACUGUUAUGGUGUUUUCUGCCUAACCUACGAUCUCAAGGCUGAAGAAGAGACUAAAUCAUGGAAAAAGAUGAUCAAUAUAGCUGUAUCUGGUGCGGCAGGGAUGAUAUCCAAUCAUCUUCUAUUUAAACUUGCAUCUGGUGAGGUAUUUGGACCCGAUCAGCCAAUCGCACUGCGACUCUUGGGCUCUGAAAGGUCAACCCAAGCUCUUGAAGGAGUUGCAAUGGAGCUUGAGGACUCUUUGUUUCCUUUGUUGAGGGAGGUCAAUAUCGGAAUAGAUCCAUACGAGGUGUUCCAAGAUGCUGAGUGGGCUCUGUUGAUUGGAGCAAAGCCCCGAGGACCCGGAAUGGAACGAGCUGACUUGCUAGAUAUCAAUGGCCAGAUAUUUGCUGAGCAGGGAAAGGCUCUAAAUGCCGUUGCCUCUCCGAACGUGAAGGUGAUAGUAGUUGGAAACCCUUGUAAUACCAAUGCUCUGAUUUGUAUGAAAAAUGCUCCAAAAAUACCAGCGAAAAAUUUCCAUGCUUUGACUAGGUUGGAUGAGAACAGGGCGAAAUGCCAGCUUGCCCUAAAAGCAGGUGUCUUCUAUGACAAAGUGUCAAAUGUGACGAUAUGGGGAAACCAUUCCACAACUCAGGUUCCAGACUUUUUAAACGCUAAAAUAAACGGGUUGCCUGUCAAGGAAGUUAUCAAAGAUCACAAAUGGCUAGAACAGGAAUUCACUGAGAAGGUGCAGAAGCGAGGUGGAGCACUGAUUCAGAAAUGGGGGCGGUCUUCAGCUGCAUCAACGGCUGUUUCAAUUGUCGACGCCAUAAAAUCUCUCGUGACUCCUACUCCUGAGGGUGAUUGGUUUUCUUCUGGCGUUUACACAACUGGAAAUCCUUAUGGUAUAGCAGAAGAUAUAGUUUUCAGCAUGCCAUGCAGAUCAAAUGGAGAUGGUGAUUAUGAACUUGUCAAGGAAAUACAAUUCGAUGACUACCUCCGCAGUCGAAUAGCUAAGACGGAGGCUGAACUGCUAGCUGAGAAGAGGUGUGUUGCACACCUGACAGGAGAGGGAAUUGCUUACUGUGACCUGCCAGAGGACACGAUGCUUCCUGGAGAGAUGUAAAAUGGCACCACAGAGCUGCUUACCAGUAGAAUUUCUUAUGAUGCCACAAUGAGACUGCUGCUGCAUUGUCGUGGUAGAUAGUGUAAUUAGUUUACACGGUAGAAAAAAAAAUAUUAUCAGUUGUGUGGAGGAUGAACUUGGCUGAGUAGGCAGCAAAGGGGUCCUUCAAAUUUCCAGAAGUUCGAUAAAUAGCUCAGAGAUUGGGAGUCUCUUGUUUGGCUAAUUGCCUUAUUGGAUUACACAUUAAACGUUCCAAUGAUGAGAUUUCAUGAGAAUAAACUAAUAAGAGUGUUGACUGUCACUGGUUAGGAUUCUUGCUUAAUUGGAACUUAUUACGCACAAACAACUUGGAGGAAGGAGGAGAUCGGCCAACCUUGCUCAAAUGGGCCUAGUAAGAUUGGGCCGCAAUCAUCCACUAAUUCACACAGCUAACAGGCCCAAAUAUGAACUGAAGCAAACUUGGGCUUAGCUCGAUUAACAAAAGAUAAAGCCCAAGCCCAUAGACAACCAAAUUUUUUAUACGUUGGGAAAAAGGAUCUAGAUUCGUCUUUUGAGGUUUACUUCAUACGGACGCACUCCUUUGAUCCUUUUUUCUUAGGGGUCGUUUGCUUGAGGGUUUUGGUCAUGGAAAUAUAUCCAUCAUGGACUUGAACCGAAAUUCAUCGUUUGUCUUAGGGAAUUAGGGAGAUGGAAUUUGUGGGGCCCACCACUUUUAGGGUUCCAAAUCCGUGGACCCCACGGACUUGGAAGUUCCACUUCUUGAGGUGGGAUUUGGGUGAUGGAUUACAAUCCAUGAUGGUAAAUUACCUUUCUACCCUUAAUUAUUUCUUUAAUUACAAAUUUGUCCUACUUUAAUUCAAUGGUCAUGCAACUGUAAACUUUUAUAAUUUCGUAUUUUAUAAAUAUGAGAAGUUAUC